AUGAAGUGCCCACAUGCUGUCAGUUCCACAGACGCUGGCACUGUCCUAGAGGCUGGCACUGUCCCAGAGGCUGGCACUGUCCUAGAGGCUGGCACUGUCCCAGACGCUGCCACUGUCCCAGAGACUGUCACUGUCCCAGAGGCUGACACUGUCCCAGUGGCUGCCACUGUCCCAGAGGCCGACACUGUCCCAGAGGCUGACACUGUCCCAGAGGCUGAGACUGUCCUAGAGGCUGGCACUGUCCUAGAGGCUGGCACUGUCCCAGAGGCUGGCACUGUCCUAGAGGCUGGCGCUGUCCUAGAGGCUGACACUGUCCCAGAGGCUGGCACUGUCCUAGAGGCUGGCACUGUCCUAGAGGCUGGCACUGUCCCAGAGGCUGGCACUGUCCUAGAGGCUGGCACUGUCCUAGAGGCUGGCACUGUCCCAGAGGCUGAGACUGUCCUAGAGGCUGGCACUGUCCUAGAGGCUGGCACUGUCCCAGAGGCUGGCACUGUCCUAGAGGCUGGCGCUGUCCUAGAGGCUGGCACUGUCCCAGAGGCUGGCACUGUCCUAGAGGCUGGCACUGUCCUAGAGGCUGGCACUGUCCCAGAGGCUGGCACUGUCCUAGAGGCUGGCACUGUCCUAGAGGCUGGCACUGUCCUAGAGGCUGGCACUGUCCCAGAGACUGCCACUGACCCAGAGACUGCCACUGUCCCAGAGACUGACACUGUCCCAGAGGGUGACACUGUCCCAGAGGCCGACACUGUCCCAGAGGCUGGCACUGUCCCAGAGACUGCCACUGUCCCAGAGACUGCCACUGUCCCAGAGGCCGACACUGUCCCAGAGGCUGGCACUGUCCCAGAGGCUGACACUGUCCCAGAGGCUGACACUGUCCCAGAGGCUGACACUGUCCCAGAGGGUGCCACUGUCCCAGAGACUGACACUGACCCAGAGGCUGACACUGUCCCAGAGGCUGACACUGUCCCAGAGACUCCCACUGUCCCAGAGACUGACACUGUCCCAGAGACUGACACUGACCCAGAGACUGACACUGUCCCAGAGGGUGACACUGUCCCAGAGACUGCCACUGUCCCAGAGACUGACACUGUCCCAGAGACUGACACUGUCCCAGAGACUGACACUGUCCCAGAGACUGACACUGUCCCAGAGACUGACACUUUCCCAGAGACUGACACUGUCCCAGAGACUGACACUGUCCCAGAGACUGCCACUGUCCCAGAGACUGCCACUGUCCCAGAGACUGACACUGUCCCAGAGGGUGACACUGUCCCAGAGGGUGACACUGUCCCAGAGACUGACACUGUCCCAGAGACUGCCACUGUCCCAGAGACUGACACUGUCCCAGAGACUGACACUGUCCCAGAGACUGACACUGUCCCAGAGACUGACACUGUCCCAGAGACUGACACUGUCCCAGAGACUGACACUGACCCAGAGACUGACACUGUCCCAGAGACUGACACUGUCCCAGAGACUGACACUGACCCAGAGACUGACACUGUCCCAGAGACUGACACUGUCCCAGAGGGUGACACUGUCCCAGAGGGUGACAGCUGUCUGCAGCUGCCAGUGAAGCAGCUUCCGGAUUCCACAGCAGGAAGAAGACUAUUAUUUGAAGCUAAAUAUCGAAUAAGCAAGCUAGCUCCUUUCCGUUAA